GCCAGCCCAGAACGGGGAAACAGCAUAGGGUGGGUAGGAGGAGAACUAAAUUUGCGUGGCGCUCAGAAGGGACGAUCAUUUGGCACAUCAAGGGAGGGAGGGAGGGAGGGAGGGCUGCAAUACAGCAAUGGAGGCCGAGCAAGCAAAACUCGAACCGGCCAAAGUGCAUCCAGUACUAGGCUUUCCUUCUGCCGCCCAGAUCGGGGAAGCAGCAGCAGCUGCAGUUCCUCCGCCGUCGAGGGAGCAGCAGCUUGAAAUUGAGACCGUCCGUCACACUGAGACUUCGCGAGAUCAGCAGCAAGACGUUGUCCCGCCUUGUAUGCAGCAUGGCGGCGCAAACCAUCUCGACCAGCAACACCACCACCAGCAGCAGCAUCAGCAGCACGUAGUGCCCUCUUUCUGCUUCGCACCUCCUCCUCCUCCUCCCCCCCUGUCCUCUCCUCUUGGCAUUCCUCCUGCGGCGUCGCCUUCCUCUACCUCUCUUCCCCCUCCAGCGCUCGGUGUUUCCGCCGCUGGCGUCCCUCCUCUUCCUCUCGCUCUAGUCCCCCCGCAGCAAUCGCAGCAGCCUGCGCCGCCGCCCUCUUCUUUGCGUAUAGAAGAUCAUCAUCAUCUCCAUCAUCCCCACCUUUCCGCCGAUGUCUCGAGCAGGAGCACCGGGGGUGGCCGCGUGGCGAGUGGGUCCGAUGGCGCACAAGACGAUUUCCCCGCCUCACCUGACAGAGUCCAUGGCGGCGAUUCAGAUGUUCCGCUUCAAAUCUCUGUCUAUCCCGAACCUUUGGCAAGUCACGACGCCGUUGUGGCCGACAAAGGGUUGUUUCUCGACAGUCUCCAGAAGUUCCAUGCAGCAUGCGGAACCCCUCUCAGGAUUCCUAACGUGGCGGGAAAAGAGCUGGACAUGCACAUGCUAUACAGCGAGGUGACAUCUCGAGGAGGGCUGGAACAGGUGAUAAAAGACAAGAAGUGGAGAGAUAUCACCCUUCCAUUCAAUUUCCCUCACACGUGCACAAGUGCCUCUUUCACUCUAAGGAAGUGCUAUAUCAAACUGCUACAUCAUUUUGAGCAGGUCUACAUGUUCGGUGCACGCGGGAAGCCGGUUCCUCCUCCCGCUUCUCUUCCUGCUCCAUCUAAGAGCCCGGUCCCUGAGGCGGGAAAUAGCAUAACGUAUGCUGCACCGCCCGAAGUGGAAGUGAAAUCAAGGCAAAGGAAACGGAAGCCGGCCACCACAGAUGCGUCAGUGGAUCCGGCAUCUGUAAUUGGUCACACUGUCACUGGAGCAAUUGAAGCGAAAUUUGAAUUUGGGUACUUGGUGACGGUGAUGGUUGGAGCCGAGAAGCUGAAGGGGGUCUUGUACCAUGUGCCUGUCGAUGAGAGUCUCUCGACAGCAGUGCCAUCGUCUGUUGGGAUAGGGUUGAGCAGCGGCAUGCCCACUAUGAAUGGCGGUGCUGCUGGCGGGAAGACGCCUCUGCACAGACGGAAGAGAAGAAAGAGAGAUGAAAUCCCAAAGAAAGAUCCCAAUGCGCCCAAGCCCAACAAGACUGGCUACAACUUCUUCUUCGGUGAAUGGAGGCCCAAGCUGAAGGAGAUGCAUCCUGAGAAAAGUGAGAAAGAUAUCAGCCGAAUGAUUGGAGAGCUCUGGAACAAGACAACUGAUGAGGGGAAAAUACCUUAUCAAGCGUUGGGGCAUCAAGAUAAGGAAAGGUAUGAACGAGAACUGAAGGACUACAGGGAAAGGAUGGCUGUGCAAAUGCCGCAUGUAGUUGCGUCAGGGCAACAGCAACAGCCACAGAUGAGCCAUCGAGAUCAUCAUCAUCACCUGCCUCCUAUCGUAUCUGGCAGCUUGCAGCUUGUGCCGGUUAUGGACCAGGCAUCCGUGAGGUCGAACUAUGAAGCCGUGGAAAACACAUGCUUCGGUGCACCGAUGGAAGCGGGUGGUUCCCAUAUGGAAGGGCCAAAUCUUGAGCUCCGUCCGCUUCUCUCUGAUGGUGCUCAUGUUAGAGAGCUGGAUGGGACGAAUGUAGUGUUGAGCAUGGCCGGAGAUGGACAUGGAAGUGGUGGGAAUGGGGCUGCUCCAGGAGGGGGCAUAGAGGUGCAGGGCAGGGCCAGCAUGAUGGAUGGACAUACAACGCAUGUCGAAGAUUCGCAUGGCGGCCAUAUGGCGGACAUGCGGAUGUCGAUGGUGGAAGUGCAGCGAGCCGAAGGAGAAGACUCGACAAUGGGAGAGAGCUGUGCAUUUGACGUGCAUCGAUCUGCGGCGUUAACUCGUGAGCUCAUGGCGACUGGUGUUGUCAAUGCUCAACAACUGCAGGGAUUGACACAACAAGUCUCAUCUCCUGGUCUGGUCCUCGGACAGGAUGCCUAUGGCACUUGACUUCCACACUUUCGCCCGUUUUUCUUCUGGCUUUUACUUGUGUACAACCCCAUGCACAGAGUCACGGAGAGAGAGAGAGAGAGAGAGAGAGAGAGAGAGAGAAUCUAGCGUGGGGAUGCCGUCAUGCUGGUGCCUCUUCGUACGAUCACUUUCCGAAGCCCCGUCACUUUUUCUUUGAUGCUGGGGGGAGAGGCAUUUUUGUUUUGAUUUUCAGCGAGUGGGCGAAACAAUCAAAGGUGUAGUCUGGGAGGUUCACGAAGAGUGUAAGUCCACAUUAUUUGUCUUUUUGCGUUUCUUCUGUAGGAGAAGGAAGAGAGGUAAUGAACAGGGGGGUUGGUGGGUGAUGGAGGGCGUUAAUGGUUGGGGUAGUGGCUCGGAAUGGAGAAGUAAAUAGAUAAGAGCAUUGACAAAUAUGCUAUACACAUUUUGCCGUAGUGUUGCCCUAUUGGGCGAAAUGUUGUAGGGCUAUUUUCGUCGUCUUCCUUGGGCUUAGGUCUGAAUGGUAAUGGUGUAAAACUAAUGGAAGUGGGAGGGUAUCGGGGGGGAGGGGGUGACGAGAAUCUACCCUUUUUGUCUUCUGUUGUUUAAGAGAAAAUGGUAGGUCGGGCAACGCACAUGGCAACGGUAGGGAUGUUUCUUGUACCAAUAAAUCUGGCUGAGCCCAAUGAAUGUUUUCCUCUCUUUAUUUUUCUCCUGGCCUUGAUGCUUCGAUCUGCGUGUAUACGUAUUCCAUUUCCAGGAAUUUAGAUCUCUGAGUAUCUCUUUUUCUAAAAUGUUUUGAAUGUCUUUUGAUUGUAAAUACUCAGACGGUGUGAUUUCUCAGGUACCAGUGUGGCCUGCCUUGGCGGGAAGGUGUCGGCAGUCGGCGGAUAGUAUAUUGCGAGGGCUAUUCUUCAGCAGCAUUCAAUCCGAUAAUCGAAGUCCAAUCCACUACAGCCCCAACCCCUAGUUUGAAAAUGCAGUCCAGUGCAUUGCCUGGGCUCAGCGUUAGGGUUGUAGUGGCAUGGCCGAAGCGGAGCUGCGGCUGCCGAACCUUUGUGGCGUUGCAGUCUUGGACUUCUGGGCGCAAUAAUGUGGCAAUUGCACGCUUCCCUAGGGAAGGGAAUGGUUGUCGAAGGAUUUAAAAUGCAUGUUGCACUUUCAUGUGGUCGAUGACGCGACAGGAGCGAACGUUGAGAUUGGUAUUUAUCUUGCCGUCUUUCUAAAAGUCUCGUCUUUGUUAACUUCUACAGUGCGUUCUGGUAGACUCACUGGCCAGUGUUCUCUGGUACAACUCUUGUUGCUAGAUACGCUGGCCAGGAGUUGGACCCAUGUCGACUCUUGGUAGUGCUGUUCUCCCCUUCAAUGGUGUUCUCUCUUUAUGGUGGGUGGCGGAGGAUGAUAUGUAAUUUUAGCUAGCGUUAUGUUCUUCCUUUGCCGUUGGUAUGCUCUCUUUCGUCACAGCAAACGUUUGUGUGGAAACAUUGUUUUUCUCAGGCAGUGUCUAAUGUUUUUCGCACGUGAAUGUGUCUGAUCGACUACGUAUGGGCAAUUGCAGUGUGAAUAUUGUUACUUGCUUGUAUGGUCUUGCUAAUUAAUCACAAGUGCAGUGAUAAAACAUUGCGUCUGCCGGGUUGCGUGAUAAACUGUGAGAUUGGUACGUCGGGGAUGUUUGGAACUCUCUAGGGUUGGUUGCUUGAUGGUGCCAUGCGCAUCAUGGGCAAGGAGAGAGUUAGAUGAGCUUUUUGGUUGUGUCAUGCAUUCGCGUCUCUGCAUGCGAAGCGCACUUGCAAUUGUGCCAAAAGCUCGUUAUCCCAAUGAGCCUACAUCACCAUGAGAAUGUGGAAGUAGGACAUGGCAUGUAAUGUAUUUGCUUAUCCAUAAUGGUGAAGGUGUUUCUUGGUGAUUGGGAUGCAAAGAACCCCCUACGUUUCUCUGCUUUCAAGGUGGCAAGCACGACAUAGAGUACCGCUUGCUAGGCGUUACUUUGAUAAAGGCCUACUGGAUCU